AGGAAGCAACCUAAGCCAAUAAUUUAAAGCCCAUUCCCACCAAAAAACCAUUUGAUCCAACUCACACACACACACUCUCUCUCUCUCUCGAUCAUUCUCUCUCUGCUCUCGAUUUCCGUCGCCAAGACACGAUGUCGGGGCAAACGCAGCGUCUGAACGUGGUCCCCACGGUGACGAUGCUGGGAGUGGUGAAGGCGCGUCUGGUGGGCGCCACGCGCGGCCACGCGCUCCUGAAGAAGAAGAGCGACGCGCUGACGGUGCAGUUCCGGCAGAUCCUGAAGAAGAUCGUGUCCACGAAGGAGUCCAUGGGCGACAUAAUGAAAACGUCGUCGUUCGCGCUCACGGAGGCCAAGUACGUGGCCGGCGACAGCAUCAAGCACGUGGUCCUCGAGAACGUGCGCGAGGCCUCGCUCCGCGUCCGCUCCCGCCAGGAGAACGUCGCCGGCGUCAAGCUCCCCAAGUUCGAGCACGCCGCCGACGCCGACGCCGCCAGGAGCGACCUCACCGGCCUCGCCCGCGGCGGCCAGCAGGUGCAGCAGUGCCGCGCCGCCUACGUCAGGGCCAUCGAGGUCCUCGUGGAACUCGCCUCGCUCCAGACCUCGUUUCUCACGCUCGACGAGGCCAUCAAGACCACCAAUCGCAGGGUUAACGCGCUCGAGAACGUGGUGAAGCCGCGCCUCGAGAAUACCAUUAGUUACAUCAAGGGCGAAUUGGAUGAGUUGGAGAGGGAGGAUUUCUUCAGGCUCAAGAAGAUUCAGGGCUAUAAGAAGAGGGAGAUUCAGAAGCAGAUGCAGUUGCAGUUGCAGUUGCAGAUGCGGUCCUCCUCCGAUGCGCCUUUGAACAAAGGGGUUUCUUUCGAUUCUUCUCGCAAUUUGUUGGCUGUGGCGGACAAAGACGACGAUAUUAUUUUCUGAAUUCUUGGAAGCAUGUCAUGGUGGCACAAACCUCUACUUUAUAUCAUCUGUGAUCACUUUAAAUGGAUGCCAAGCUGAAUUCUUCACGUUCUCCUGCCACAAAGAGCAAAGCUCAACACCCUUGGUCUCAGCUUCUCCAGAAGGAAAUCUUUUCUAGCAGAUAUUCACAAAAUUCUUAUUUCCAACAGAAAGGUAGAGUGGAUAUUCUUGUAAACAUGUUCACAGCUUAGCUUGACUAGAUGCAGGAACAGAAGCGGUUGUUUGUUUUGUUAGAGUGGUUAACUUCAAGAAUCAAUGAAGAGAAAGGUAAUUAAAGAUUUAGGGGAGGGAAUAGUCCCCAAUCCAACGCAGGGGAAAGCCUCCAGGCUCAAAAAUAACACGGAAGAACUUACAUCUACCUCUCCCUGACCUGCUAGAUGCAAGACUGUCUUGCUUCAACCAACCACUUGGGGUCAUAUAUAGAGGAUUUCCUAACAUGAACCCAUUUAUUUUUUUAUACCAAGAUAUAGCUUGGAUUUUCUUAAAAUACACCCAAGGUGUAAGCUGCUACAUUACUCCUUCUGAAACUAAGUGUGUAUGUUAGAAAAUGGAUACUUCCUUAUUUUCUAUUGAGUAUUUAGCAAGAUAUAACUAGGAUUUUCUUAAAUUGUGCCGUAGCUUGCUAAAAUACUCAAAAAACAAGUGGGUGUAAAUUGACAAAUCUCUAUACAGUAUACA